AUGGACCCUCUACCACUGCCAUCAAAUCUGGACGAGGCCGAGUCGUUGGUACUGGCGCUCUACCGGCCGGCGCCGCCUGAGGUCAUCGCAAGGACCCAAGACGCGCUCCAACGGCUCCAGCGCUCACAGCUCGGGUGGCAGUUCGCCCACGGAAUGCUGGAGCGCCCUGACGACCAAGUCAAGUUCUUCGGCGCCCUCACCAUCAUCAUCAAGCUCAACACCGAGAGCUCGUCUCUGGCCGAGGACGACGCAAGACAACUCCUCCAGAGCCUAAUUGGCUGGCUCGUGCGCUCCCUAGCCGACGACAGCGGCGCCCUCGUCAUUCGCAAGCUCGCCUCCGCCCUCGUCACCUUUUUUAUCCACUUUCCGCAUCUUUGGCCGGGAUGCGUGCACCACCUGCUCUACUGCUUCGACGCUGGCCGUGCGGUGCCCAGGGACGAGGCUAAGAACGCUCCUGCUUCGGCCUUGCUCGCCGGCCUUGAUGAGACAAGGUUGAUGGCUGCUAUCUGGUUCAUCACAGUUUUCGUUGAGGAAAUCGCAAAGACUGAGAUGAAGUCUCAGAAAUACUUAGCAGUGCAUGAAAGCCUUGCCCAGAACUCGGAAGAUGUAACAGCCCUUUUGGCCUGUGGGCUUUCCAUCACGUCUCCCAGUGGCGUGAGGAUCCGAGAAGAAACAAUUAAAUGUUUGCAAUCUUGGAUACUCUACGAACAACGGCUUCCCUCGUCCGAUGACACGCUGACGAAGCCACUCCGCAAUCUCAUCAUCCCGGCACUAGAGUGCAUCCAAACGGAUGAGCUGACCGAGACAACGAUGGAGCUUUUCAUCGACAUUCUUCAGAACUAUUCCGGCUUCCUCAGAGAUGAGCACUACGAGGCCCUCUUUGCCUUGUUUGAGAGCGACUGGUCUAGGGAUCGCUAUAUGCAACUCUCUUCCGGUGACUUCGACUUUGCUUUCACGCAGUACGGAAUUCUGAUGAUCGCUUUCGGGGACGCAAAAGUUCUGACCCUUAUGGAGGGCACGGAUGAGCGAUCGCAUAGGAUGCUUCAAAGACUUUGCGGCCUCCUCAACUGCAGGGGCAUUCUGGUUGGGGAAGACAAGAUCUUUGUUUCCGCCCUUGAGUUCUGGGCCACAUUUGUUGAAACCCUGACAGAUACGGUCUACAUGGAAGAGCAGGCGGCCUACAGCUGGUUACCGUUCGCCAUGAGCCAAGUCAAUGAUGCUAUUUCACACUGCUACGGCAAAAUCCAGCUCGUUGACCACUCUGAAUGGACCGAAAUGGACUCCAAUGAUCGAGCUGGCUGGGUCGAGGCUAGGAAGGAUGUCGCUGAUUUCUUGCUGGCGGCCUGGACUCUGAAGGGAAAGUCCCUCGUGAGCACAUUCGUUGAUUUGCUUCUCCGAGCCCUUCCCGCUCGGGAAUGGGCUCAGAUCGAGGCCUCUCUCUUCUGUCUCGGGGCGAUCAGCGACUGCAUAGGAGACAGUGGAGACUGUGAUCAAGACCUGCACAAGGUCUUCUCCUCUGAGCUGUUCCAACUCGUGGGCCCAGGUCCUGCCCGGGCAGCAAUACCACCUCGCCUGUUGCAGACAAGCUUGUCUACAAUCGAGCGAUUCUCCGAUUUCUUCGAACGUCACCAGCAGUACCUCCCUGCAGCUCUCGAACUCUUAUUCAAUGUUGUUGGUGAGGAUGGAGCACUUGGAGGCUCUUCCUCAAAGUCCAUCAUGACCCUCUGUUCUUCCUGCCGAUCCUUGCUCAAGGAUCAUGUCGAAGGCUUUCUUCAACAUUAUCGUCGCAUUCACGGUCUAGGAAUCGACUCGAUUGCCGAAGAGAGAAUUAUGACUGGAAUUGCUUCCAUUGUCCAAGCUAUCCCGGAAGAGGAGCGAAGAAUGGGCUACCUUGAGGAACUCAUUUCGUUACUCAACAACGAUACCCAGCACUGCCUUCGCCUGAAAGAGCAUCCACAAUUGGCGAACGACUCAGACAUGAAGUCAUGGGUUGAGACCAGGCUUCGAGCAGAUAUUAUGUCGCAGAAGAAUGCGCCAACGUCCGUGGAUGAAGCUGCUCUCAUCAUCGCAGAGAGGGUUCUGAGGAGCAUAGCGAGCAUGGCCAAGGGCUUGCAGAGCCUCUCUGAAGCGCCUAUCGAACUAGAUACCGAGGAUGGCAAGGCACCUCAGACCAGUAAUGAGCGCCUUCUUGGCAUCCAAAACCACAUCGUGACUAUGGUGAGCCAAAUACACCAGACCUUCGGUCAUAGUGGCGAGGUUGCAGAGACAAUCUGCAACAUUUUCCGAGCGGGCUUUUCCGAGACAGAAGCUGGCCCUUUCGUCUUCCCCCCAGCGCUGGUCAUCCAAUUCUUCACACAAAACGGCCCCAGCAGCCCCAGAAUAGGCACCAUGAUCAGCACUAUGUGCUCAUUCGCGAUAUCAGAAGAACCCGAUAGCGACCCUGAUCUGACGCAAAAUGGUAUCGACUUUUUGAAUCGUGUCAUGUCACGAUACCCUGAAGCUCUUCUGCAGCUUCAACCGACCAGUGAUCUUGAAUUCUUCUUCAUGUUUGCCUUAAGGGUAUUGGACGGCAAAGAGCCCCUGCCCAAGGGUAGUGCCUGCGACUUCUGGUCCGCCUUCGUUGCCAUCAAGAGUGACGACCCUUCAGUGCAAGCCGGUUUUAGCAACGCCCUGGAACACCUCGGACCUCUCCUGACGCGGUCACUUGUGCAGAACAUCGGCGGCAAUGCCUCGCGCAGCGAGCUGGACAAGCUGAGUGACCCCCUGAAGAGGCUUGUCGUCCAGCAUCCUCGGUCGAAACAGUGGCUCGAGGCGGCUCUGAUGGACCCGGCGUUCCCCAGCACCAAGGUGACGGCUGAGGACAAGUCGAUGUUCCUCAAGAAGAUCACGAACCUGAGAGGAGCGCGGCAAACAAACACCGUUGUGAGGGACUUCUGGCUGGCAUCGAGGGGGUCAAGUUUUGCGUAUGCGUCUUGA